AUGACAGGGAACGACGCCCCUGGCGACAGCUUUACCAGAGACCUCGAGCGCGGUCGCGAUGAGAAUGCUCCUCGUCCGUCCAACGUCUCUGCCGGCGAGGGCAUCGGCUCCGCUCUGUCUUCGACAAACUCCUCCAUCAUGGGCGACGAUGUCCAAGCCGACCUUGGCGAGGAAUGGGGUCCUCGCCAUCCCUGCUAUCCUCAUAUGAACCCUCACGUCCCCAUCGACUCGACGGAAUACGCCACAACAAGAAUCAUCCGAGUUCGCCGCGACUGGCUCCUCCACGGCGACCUGGCCCCGGCCUUUUCAAACCUUUACCCCGAGAUCUUGGACCCUGCCGGCAUUUCGGAGCAGGAAUUCAGAAAAGUCAUUGGCAGGCUCAACGCUGAGCUAGGCGCAACAUUUAAUCCGUAUGCCGGGCGCAACAUCGUCGAUAGCGUCAUGGGGGCCCUCACCGGCUGGCUGUGGGAUGACCUGGGCAUGACGGCAUCCAAGAGGAGGCUGGCUGCCCUGGAGAAGUGGAUUGAGCAGUGGAAUUCGGAGAUGCAAAAGUCGGUGUCUACUGAUGACAGCGGACUUGCGGCGCCCAGAAUAAUUUCCCUCCGCAAAACAGGAUACAUGACUCUCGACAUUCAAAUACCGGAUCCCGAAAUUGCACCGGCUCCUAGUACGGCUGGUGGGAACGAUUCCAGGACGGUGCUGCCGACGGAGCCGGUCUCUGCAAUGCCCGUAUAG